CAAUGCCAUUUGAACUUCCCGUACCCUCGGACCUUCCUUCCUCGUUUGAAGGGCACCAUGGCUAUGUCCGGUACUGGCUUGAGUGCAUUUUGGAUGUCGUGGGACACGUUGAACAAAUUACAAAGAAGGCCUUCACCGUUAUAAGCAAAUACAACCUCAACACAGACCCGGUGGCUGAUGUAGGGAAUUUUCAUUUAUUUAAAAUUUCUUGCAUUUUCACUAACCCCUUUCUACCAAUAUUAAAAAAAAAAAAUUGCCAGAAUCACGCUUGAUUAAACUAAAUUACUAAUUACCAUUUUAACUUCGCACUUAGGUUAGAUCAUUAAUUUUAACAUGCUUCAAAAACCCGCCAAAUAAUGGUCUAAUGUUGCAUCUAAUACACCACGGCAACAUACAGUUUUGUACAACAAAUAAUUUGGUAUUGUAUGCACUCUCCACAGAAAGAGAUCAAGAAAAAACAAGAGGUGUCCGUUUGCUGUGGUUGCGGGUCACCGGGAUUUUACGAGAUCAGAUAUUACGUCAGUAGGCGGGGCUAUGUACCAGGAGAGAAGAUGGUGAUUGACAUCCGUGUGAGGAACCACACCAACAGUGACUUACAUCUGAUACUGAGGUUUAAAAUGGUAACAAGGAGAUGAAUAAUUAUAUAUCAAGAAAAACACAUUUUGUAAAUUUAUAAAACUGUAUUAAAAUUUUAAUAUCCUUGUGUAGUUUUAUAGUAAAAUCAUUUGAGGAAAAUAAAUUGAUGAAAACAAUUAAGGUAAAAGUUAUAUGAACAUUUAAGCAUAAGCAUUAAUUUUGACAUAAUAAAAGAACAAUUAAAUAUAGAAAAUGGUUCUAAUCAAGUUAUCGCAGUCUACACUAUGUUGUUCGUGCUUUGCAUGCUAAGGUGACCAAUACAAGUUUGGACUUGAGUAGUAGCCUUGACUUGUGUUGUAUUUUGUUUACGUGUGGGAGAGUUAUUCGAUUCGUCAGCCUCACUCCUCCGUCCUCACCUAUUUGAUCCAACGGUAAGACUUGGUCAUGACGACUGGAAAUAGACCAGGAUGCAGCGGAUGACCAGCAGCAUGCCAUAUAAUAAUUCCUUAACUUUCUGUGUCCCAUUUAUCUCAGUCUUUGCUUCCCAUUGAUUUCACAGUCAACAAAGAUUAAUUAUGUGUUCUCACACCCUAUUAACCAGAGCACCAACUAUCACGCCAAGGGCAAGACGAUCAAGAUAGACAAGCGGUUACACGAAGGGGAGAAACCCAUCCCGUCAGCUGACACUUGCAAGUGGAAUCCAGAAAUACCGAUACCGCCACUACCUCCUACAGGUCUAGGGGGUAGCAGAGUCAUAGAC